CCGAGAAGUAGUGCUUGUGUGCCGUGCUGCUGCUCAGCGAAAUGAACACCGGAGAUACAGCGUUUCUUUUGUAAAUCACAGAUAAACACAAACGAGUGCACCAUCUUCGCCUAUAGAGGAAGUAAUGUAGAGUCUCAUCAACGCAUUUGGUCUCACCGUCCGUGCAAUCAAAGGUACGUUUUGUCAGAGCCAAAAAGCCAUAUUUUUCAAAAUGCCAUCGCCACCAGUCCUCCAGCCAGUCCUUAAAAUGAAGGUGGACGAGCUCUUUCUGAACUGGUUGAGUGAUCCUGCAACCCAGUCCCUACUCAAAGAUUAUCUUGACCUAAUCAAAAGUGGACAGUAUGUUGAUUUGAGCAGUGGGGAUGCCCAGGAAAAGAGGUCCCUGACCUUCAAUGAGAACAACAAUGUGGCAUCUCAAAGAAACCUGGCAGAGAAGAAGCCGGCUCCUCUUGGCACUCCCUCCAGCCCCCCAUCUGCGAGUACCCUGCCCUCUGGCAGCAGCAGUAACACCAGAGUGACUGGACCCAAUGGCCGAGUACUACGGAGGUCUGUCAGCACAAAAAAGGCCCAGGUGAGGACGGAGGAGCCCGUCACCACAGCGCUGAGUGAAAGCAUUCCAAAGUUUUACUUCCCACAGGGCCGGCCCCAAGCCAACCUCAACAUCGACGGCCUCAUUUCCAAAAUUGAGAAAAUAUUUUCCCAAUUCCCAAAUGAAAGAGCCACCAUUGAGGACAUGGGGCAGGUCGCCAAGGCCUGUGAGUGUCCCCUCUACUGGAAAAUGCCAUUGUUCUGCUCGGCUGGAGGCGACAGGACCGGCUUCGUGUCCGUUCACAAGUUCGUGGCUAUGUGGAGAAAAACUCUGCAGACCUGUCACGACGACGCUUCUAAAUUUGUGCACCUCUUGGCCAAGCCUGGCUGUAAUUACCUGGAACAAGACGACUUUAUUCCAUUCCUGCAGGAUGUGGUGAACUCACACGCAGGCCUGGCCUUUCUGAAGGAUGCACCAGACUUUCACUCACGAUACAUCACCACGGUGAUUCAGAGGAUAUUCUACAAUGUGAACCGUUCAUGGACUGGAAAAAUAACAUGUUCUGAGCUCAGGAAAAGUAACUUUCUUCAGAAUUUAGCAUUGCUGGAGCAGGAGGAGGACGUGAAUCAGCUGACAGAGUUCUUCUCCUACGAACAUUUCUAUGUCAUCUACUGCAAGUUCUGGGAGCUGGACACUGACCACGACCUCUACAUAGACCAGAAGGACCUGGCACAGCACAAUGACCAAGCCAUUUCCCAUAAGAUGAUUGAGAGAAUAUUCUCAGGAACAGUAACAAGAGACAGAAAGGUGUACAAGGAGGGGCGGCUGAGUUAUGCUGAUUUUGUCUGGUUCCUCAUCUCUGAGGAGGACAAGAAGACUGACACCAGUAUAGAGUACUGGUUCCGCUGUAUGGACCUGGACGGGGACGGAGUCCUCAGCAUGUACGAGCUGGAGUACUUCUAUGAGGAUCAGUGUCAGAAGCUGGAGACCAUGGCCAUUGAGCCUCUUCCCUUCGAGGACUGUCUCUGCCAAAUGCUCGACCUCGUCAAGCCCGAGGUCGAAGGUAAGAUCACUCUGCGAGACCUUAAAAGGUGCAAGUUGUCCAACAUCUUUUUCGACACUUUCUUCAACAUCGAGAAGUACCUGGACCACGAGCAGAAGGACCCAUUCUCCGUUAUCAGGGAGAUGGAGACAGAUGGGCAGGAGGUGUCGGACUGGGAGAAAUAUGCUGCGGAGGAGUACGACAUCCUUGUGGCCGAGGAGGCCGCCAACGAUCAGUGCAACGAUGUGUACGAUAAUCCUCUGAGCCCUUGGGGGCAGCACAUCUCCAGUGAGCUGGGUCUGACAAAGAGACACUUCUUUGAGAUCCCCAGUCCUCACUGCAACCUGGACCUGGAUGAAUAUGAAUAUGAAGAUGACUUUGAAUGACCCUCGCUCAUGUAGCGCUUUCUCACACGCCUGCUGAGCGCUGUGCGCUCCCGGAAACAGGGCUCAACCAGGAGUGUCGGUGGAUGAAUCGCAUCAAGCCAGAGAUUCGCAGGUUCAGGUCCGGGUUCAAAGAAACAGGACACACCUCAAUAAACGGGAAGUGAAUGCAAAAUACUCAGAGCACUGGUGGGUCAGACGUGCUGGAGCACACAGUAUCACAUAUGUGGCUAACAGGAAAUGUUUAGUGGUUCUUUACACCGCUGAUACAAGAUGUUUUAAUAUUUUCACACUUAAAGACUUCACGAUGUCACGUUCAGACCUUUGCUCAAUCCCGACACUUUAACACAGGAAAGACGACGUGUUUGUGCACAUGAUGCUUUGUAUAAAUAAUGUUCGGGGCGAGUG